AUUCCACGUCAGCAAACUUUAAUUCUAAUUUACACGACACGUUGGAAAAAUCUCCCAAACAAAAUUGAAAAUAAUAAUAAAUAAAUAAUCGACAGAGCCUCACGAUUUCUUCAUCAAUCUUGUUGCUGCUAAGCCCCCAUUUUAAUCGCCAUUAUCGCCAUUCCUUAACAAAUUCCCCAUUCCCAUCCAUGUCCGCCACCAAGCUCUUCGCAUUCCCGAUGGCUUCUCUCCAUCUCGCCACCGGAUCGCGCCGUUCGCAAGCCAGUUUCUACGAUGUUCUCCGCGUCAAGAACAACGCAUCCUCCAUCGAGAUCAAGACCGCCUACCGGAGUCUGGCCAAGAUUUACCAUCCUGAUUCCACGAGAAGAUCGGAGUGCGAUUCUUUUGACGAUGAUGAUGAUUAUGGUGAUGGAUGCAGUUUCCUCGAGAUUCACAGUGCGUACGAGACGCUUUCGGAUCCGGAAACUAGGGCUCAAUACGACCUCGCUUUGGCUUCUUUUACGAGACGGCCGUUUCUUCGAUCGCGGUCUAGACCGCACCGGCGAUGGGAAACGGAUCAGUGCUGGUAGGGAUUUGGUGUUGAUUUGUGAUGAUUUUGAUUUCUGUACAGAAAUAGUUUGAAUGUUCUUCGUAUUGGAGGAAUUUUUCGCGGUCUAGGCCGCACUGGCGUGGGAAACGGAUCAGUGCUGGUAGGGAUUUGGUGUUGAUUUGUGAUGAUUUUGAUUUCUGUACAGAAAUAGUUUGAAUGUUCUUCGUAUUGGAGGAAUUUUUCGCGGUCUAGGCCGCACUGGCGUGGGAAACGGAUCAGUGCUGGUAGGGAUUUGGUGUUGAUUUGUGAUGAUUUUGAUUUCUGUACAGAAAUAGUUUGAAUGUUCUUCGUAUUGGAGGAAUUUUUCGCGGUCUAGGCCGCACUGGCGUGGGAAACGGAUCAGUGCUGGUAGGGAUUUGGUGUUGAUUUGUGAUGAUUUUGAUUUCUGUACAGAAAUAGUUUGAAUGUUCUUCGUA